AUAGAGCUGUUAAAAAGAAAAAAAAGAAACUGGAUUAUUAAAGUCACUGACGGCUGGAUCUCACCCUCGGCGAGAGGAGAGGAGAGGAGAGGGGAGGAGAGGAGAGGAGAAGAAAGGAAAGCCACAGUCAUGUUGUCUUAGCUGCUCCACAGAAAGCUGAACAUCCGAGCGUUUACCACAGCCGAGGUGUUCCCUUUGCGUGUGUCGAACAUGUCGGAUAAGAUGUCCAGCUUCCUACACAUUGGGGACAUCUGCUCCCUGUAUGCAGAGGGAUCCACCAAUGGUUUCAUCAGCACCCUGGGCUUGGUGGAUGACCGCUGUGUCGUCCAGCCUGAUGCGGGGGACCUCAACAACCCUCCGAAGAAGUUCAGAGACUGUCUUUUCAGACUGUGCCCUAUGAACCGCUACUCAGCCCAGAAGCAGUUCUGGAAAGCAGCGAAGCCUGGAGGGAACACCGACACAGUGCUCCUCAACAAGCUCCAUCAUGCAGCUGACCUGGAGAAGAAGCAGAACGACUCUGAAAACAAAAAACUACUUGGAACAGUAAUUCAGUACGGGAAUGUUAUUCAGCUCCUCCACCUAAAGAGCAAUAAAUACCUGACGGUGAACAAACGUCUGCCCGCGCUCCUAGAGAAGAAUGCCAUGAGGGUGAUGUUAGACACUGCUGGAAAUGAGGGCUCCUGGUUUUACAUACAGCCCUUCUACAAACUACGCUCAAUUGGGGACAGCGUGGUGAUCGGGGACAAAGUGGUGCUGAACCCUGUGAACGCUGGUCAGCCACUCCAUGCCAGCACACACCAGCUCGUGGACAAUCCAGGAUGCAAUGAGGUGAACUCGGUCAACUGUAACACCAGCUGGAAGAUUGUCUUGUUCAUGAAGUGGAGCGACAAUCAGGAGAUCAUCCUUAAAGGGGGCGAUGUGGUACGUUUAUUUCAUGCAGAACAGGAGAAAUUCCUCACAUGUGAUGAUCACAGAAGAAAACAAUAUGUUUUUCUUCGCACUACUGGACGGCAGUCAGCUACCUCGGCAACAAGCAGCAAAGCCCUAUGGGAGAUCGAGGUUGUGCAGCAUGAUCCGUGUCGAGGGGGGGCAGGAUACUGGAACAGCCUGUUCAGGUUCAAACACUUGGCCACUGGACACUACCUGGCUGCAGAGGUGAAUCCAGAGUAUGAAGAGGAGUGUCUGGAGUCCCGCUCUUCACUGGACUCAGAGCAAGAAGCCUUAAGAGCCCGUUUGAGAAAUGUCCAGGACAAAGUCAUGUACACCCUUGUGUCUGUUCCUGAUGGAAAUGACAUUUCCUCCAUAUUUGAGCUCGACCCCACCACCUUAAGAGGGGGAGACUCAUUAGUGCCCAGGAACUCGUAUGUGCGCCUCAGGCACCUGUGCACCAACACAUGGGUUCACAGCACCAACCAGCCAAUUGACAAGGAGGAGGAAAAACCUGUCAUGCUGCGUAUUGGCACAUCUGCACUCAAAGAGGACAAAGAGGCUUUUGCCAUUGUGCCUGUCUCCCCGGCUGAAGUGAGAGACCUUGACUUUGCCAAUGAUGCCAGUAAAGUGUUGGCCUCCAUUGCUGGAAAGCUGGAAAAAGGCACCAUCACACAGAAUGAGCGGAGAGCGGUUACUAAGCUUCUGGAGGAUCUGGUGUUCUUUGUUGUGGACAUUCCCAACAACGGGCAGGACGUUCUAGAGAUCAUGGUCAACAAACCGAACAGGGAACGACAGAAACUCAUGAGAGAACAGAAUAUUCUCAAACAGAUCUUCAAGCUGCUGCAGGCUCCCUUCACAGACAGUGGGGAUGGCCCCAUGUUACGGCUGGAGGAGCUCGCUGACCAGCGUCAUGCCCCCUUCAGACACAUCUGCCGCCUGUGUUACCGGGUUUUACGUCACUCUCAGCAGGACUACCGCAAGAACCAGGAGUAUAUUGCAAAACAGUUUCGCUUCAUGCAGAAACAGAUCGGCUAUGAUGUCCUGGCAGAGGACACUAUCACAGCUCUGCUCCAUAACAACCGCAAGCUGCUGGAGAAACAUAUCACAGCUGCAGAGAUUGACACGUUUGUUAGCCUGGUCCGCAAGAACCGAGAGCCAAGGUUCUUGGACUACCUGUCAGACUUGUGUGUGUCAAUGAAUAAGUCCAUCCCUGUGACACAGGAGCUCAUCUGUAACGCAGUGCUGGAUCCAGCUAACGCAGACAUCCUCAUAGAAACAAAACUGGUGCUAUCGAGAUUUGAGAUCGAGGGUGCGCCGCUCGGGGAGAACUCUAUUGAGUCGGAGGAAGAUGAGGAGGAAGUGUGGUUGUUCUGGAAGGACAGCAAUAAAGAGAUCCGCAGUAAAAGCAUCAGGGAGCUGGCCCAGGAUGCAAAGGAGGGCCAGAAGGAGGACCAGGAGGUGAUCAGUUACUACAGGUACCAGCUGAACCUGUUUGCCAGAAUGUGUCUGGACCGCCAGUAUUUGGCGAUCAACAAGAUCUCUGGCCAGCUGGACGUGGACCUGAUCUUGCGGUGCAUGUCGGACGAAGACCUGCCCUAUGACCUGCGAGCCUCCUUCUGUCGCAUGAUGCUGCACAUGCACGUAGACCGUGACCCCCAGGAGCAGGUUACGCCUGUCAAAUACGCACGACUCUGGUCCGAGAUCCCCUCAGAGAUCGCCAUUGACGACUACGACAAUGAUGGAACAUCCAAAGAUGAAAUUAAGGAGCGAUUCUCGCAGACGAUGGAGUUUGUGGAGAACUACCUGAGAGAUGUGGUAUGUCAGAGCUUCCCCUUUGCGGACAAAGAGAAGAACAAGCUCACAUUUGAGGUGGUAAAUCUCGCCAGGAACCUGAUUUAUUUUGGUUUCUACAACUUCAGUGACCUGUUGAGACUAACCAAGAUCCUGCUGGCUAUUCUAGACUGUGUCCAUGUGAGCACAAUUCUCCCUUUCAACAGACUGGACAAAGGAGAUGAGAGUAAAGGCAGUAACGUGAUGAGGUCUAUUCAUGGUGUCGGGGAGCUGAUGUCCCAGGUUGUCUUGAGAGGAGGAGGCUUCCUUCCCACGACUUCCACCAACAGCUCAAAUGGAGGUGCAGUCAAGACUCAGACUGAACCAGAGAAGCAGGACAUACUCGUCAUGGACACCAAGCUCAAGAUCAUCGAGAUCCUGCAGUUCAUCCUGAACGUCCGCCUGGACUACAGGAUCUCCUGUCUGCUGUCUAUAUUUAAGAGGGAGUUUGAUGAGAGUAAUUCCCAGAGUGAAUUAUCUCUAACUGGAGCAGCGGAGGGACCAAACAAUAUGCCAGGUCAGAUUAAUAUGUGGCUUCAUUUUAUACAAAUGUUAAUGACAAUGAAAUGGACAAAAAAAAAAAAAAAAAAAAUUGUGAUUCCAGGGGCUUUGGAUUUUGAACACAUAGAGGAGCAGGCAGAGGGGAUAUUUGGUGGAAGUGAAGAGAACACCCCACUGGACCUGGACGAUCAUGGUGGUCGCACCUUCUUGAGGGUCCUCCUCCACUUGACCAUGCACGACUAUCCUCCUUUGGUGUCCAGAGCCCUGCAUCUGCUCUUCAGGCACUUCAGCCAAAGGCAGGAGGUUCUGCAGGCUUUUAAGCAGGUCCAGUUGUUGGUCACCAGCCAAGAUGUGGAAAAUUACAAGCAAAUAAAGUCAGACCUGGACCAGCUGCGCUCUAUUGUAGAGAAGUCUGAGCUCUGGGUGUACAAGAGGCAGGGGCCAGAUGAAGGCAUGGACGCGGGAGACGGGCUGUCCACCGAGCCAGACCAUAAAAAGGGAGAGUCUGGGGGCGCAGACAAACCAAAGAAAGCAGAAAGUACAAGCAGUUAUAACUACAGAGUGGUGAAAGAGAUCCUGCUGCGGCUCAGCAGGUUGUGCGUCCAAGAAGGUUUGUCAGGUAGGAAGAGCAAGAAACAGCAGCAGAGGCUUUUGAGGAACAUGGGGGCUCAUGCUGUGGUCCUCGAGCUCCUCCAGAUCCCCUAUGAGAAGGGAGAAGAUUUGCGGAUGCAGGACAUCAUGAAACUUGCCCAUCAGUUCCUACAGAACUUCUGCGCAGGAAACCAGCAGAACCAAGCCCUGCUGCACAAGCACAUCAAUCUGUUCCUCAACCCAGGGAUUUUAGAAGCUAUCACCAUGCAGCACAUCUUCAUGAACAACUUUCAGCUGUGCAGUGAGAUCAAUGAGCGCGUGGUUCAGCAUUUUGUCCACUGCAUUGAAACACACGGCCGCAACGUCCAGUACCUCAAGUUUCUGCAGACUAUUGUCAAAGCAGAGAACAAGUUCAUCAAGAAGUGCCAAGACAUCGUCAUGGCAGAGCUGGUGAAUGCUGGUGAAGACGUUUUGGUCUUCUACAAUGACCGCGCCUCCUUCCAGACACUGGUCCAGAUGAUGAGAUCAGAGCGUGACCGCAUGGAUGAAAACAGUCCUCUGAUGUACCACAUUCACCUGGUGGAGCUCUUGGCUGUCUGCACUGAGGGCAAGAACGUCUACACAGAGAUCAAGUGUAACUCCCUGUUACCAUUGGAUGACAUAGUGCGGGUGGUAACACAUGAGGACUGCAUCCCUGAGGUGAAGAUCGCAUAUAUCAACUUCCUGAACCACUGCUAUGUGGACACUGAGGUGGAAAUGAAGGAGAUCUACACCUCCAACCACAUGUGGAAACUCUUUGAGAACUUCCUGGUUGAUAUUUGCAGGGUGUGCAACAAUACAAGUGAUCGCAAGCAUGCGGACACCAUUCUGGAGCGCUAUGUGACGGAGACAGUCAUGAGCAUCGUGACAACUUUCUUCAGCUCCCCCUUUUCUGACCAGAGCACCAGCCUGCAGGCGUCUCUGUUGGGGAAAAUAUUUCAGACCAGGCAGCCUGUCUUUGUGCAGCUGUUGCAGGCAGUGUUCAGGGUCUACCAUUGUAACUGGCUGAUCCCAGUCCAAAAGGGCUCUGUUGAGAGCUGUAUAAAGGUGCUCUCUGAUGUUGCCAAAGGCAGAGCUAUAGCCAUCCCAGUGGACCUGGACAAUCAAGUGAACAACCUGUUUGUGAAAUCCAACAACAUCGUCCAGAAGACGGCCAUGAGCUGGAGACUCUCUGCUCGUAACGCUGCCCGCAGAGACUCGGUGGUGACCGCUUCACGUGACUACAGGAACAUUAUCGAGAGGCUCCAGGACAUUGUGUCAGCUCUCGAGGACCGUCUCCGUCCCCUUGUCCAGGCUGAAUUGUCAGUCCUGGUGGACGUGCUGCAUCGGCCAGAGCUGCUCUUCCCUGAAAACACAGACUCACGCAAGAAGUGUGAGAGCGGAGGUUUCAUAUGCAAGCUGAUCAAACAUACCAAGCAGCUGCUGGAGGAAAAUGAGGAGAGACUGUGCAUCAAAGUUCUGCAAACGCUGCGGGAGAUGAUGACAAAAGACCGGGGUUAUGGAGAGAAGGUAGGAGAAGCUGCCUCGACUGUCACAAACAUGCUCAGGGCCUUUGAUGAUGAGAUGGAUAUGCCUAAGCAGCUGGAUCAGAACCAGCCUGAGAAGCUGUUGGAGGACCAGAAGAGGGGCGAGGCACUGAGACAGAUUCUGGUGAACCGUUACUAUGGUAACUUCCAUCGGAGCAGUGGGCGGAGGGACAGCCUGACGUCAUUUACGAAUGGCCCCCUCAGUCCGGUAGGACCCGGCAAAAGCCAAUCAGCAUUAGGGGGGCCUGGGGGCCUGAGUCGUGGGGAAAUGAGCCUGGCAGAGGUACAGUGUCACCUGGACAAAGAGGGAGCCUCUGACCUGGUUAUUGACCUCAUCAUGAACACUACGAGUGACCGAGUCUUCCAAGAAAGCAUCCUCCUGGCUAUUGCAUUGCUGGAAGGUGGAAAUACCACCAUCCAGCGUUCCUUCUUCUGCCGUCUGACAGAUGACAAGAAAUCAGAAAAGUUCUUCCGGGUUUUCUACGACCGUAUGAAGCUGGCCCAGCUGGAGAUCAAAGCCACAGUGACAGUAAAUACCAGCGACCUAGGAAACAGGAAGAGGGAUGACGACAGCCAGGAUAAAGAUGUCCCUGUCCGCAAAAAAGCCAGAGACUCAGCAGUGGUCAUGACGGAGGAUGUGAGAGAGCAACUAUUAGAAGCCUCGUCUGCCACCAAGAAGGCCUUUAACUCUUACCGGCGUGAGGCCGACCCUGAGGACCACUUCACCUCAGCUGACGGCCAGCCCAGCGCUGGGGACAAGAACCAGGACGAAGGAGAGAUGAGCUUCGUCAUCGUCAUCAUGCAGCCUAUUCUUCGAUUCCUCCAGCUUCUUUGUGAGAAUCACAACCGUGACCUGCAGAACUUUCUUCGUUGGCAAAACAACAAGAACAACUACAACCUUGUGUGUGAGACUCUGCAGUUCUUAGACUGUAUCUGUGGCAGCACCACAGGGGGUCUCGGCCUGCUGGGGCUGUACAUCAAUGAGAAGAACGUGGCGCUCAUCAACCAAACUCUGGAGAGUCUCACAGAGUACUGCCAGGGCCCCUGCCAUGAAAACCAGAAUUGCAUUGCCACCCACGAGUCAAAUGGUAUUGAUAUCAUCAUCGCUCUGAUCCUUAAUGACAUCAACCCACUUGGGAAAAAGCGGAUGGACCUGGUGUUAGAGCUCAAGAACAAUGCAUCCAAGCUGCUGCUCGCCAUCAUGGAGAGCCGCCAUGACAGCGAGAACGCUGAGAGGAUCCUGUACAACAUGAGGCCCAAAGAGCUGGUGGAGGUGAUAAAGAAGGCCUACCUGCAGGGAGAGGUGGAGUUUGAAGACACGAAGGAGGAGGAGGAUAACGGGGAAGAAGAGGAACAUGAUGCCGCUUCCCCCAGAAAUGUUGGACAUAACAUCUACAUUUUAGCUCACCAGUUGGCGCGUCACAACAAGGAGCUGUCCAUGAUGUUAAAGCCAGGAGUUGUCAGUGGAGAGGGAGACGAGGCCUUGGAGUUCUACGCCAAACACACUGCUCAGAUAGAGAUUGUGCGACAGGACCGUACAAUGGAGGAGAUAGUGUUCCCUGUGCCCAACAUCUGCGAGUUCCUGACCUCAGAGUCAAAGCUGCGAGUCUACUACACCACGGAGAGAGACGAGCAGGGCAGCAAGAUCAACGACUUCUUCCUGCGAGCAGAGGACCUCUUCAAUGAGAUGAACUGGCAGAAGAAACUCAGAGCCCAGCCGGUGCUGUACUGGUGCUCCAGAAACAUGUCAGUGUGGAGUAACGUUUCCUUCAACCUGGCUGUUCUCAUGAACCUGCUCGUCUGCUUCUUCUACCCCCUGGAGGGGGUACAUGGAGGGAUGCUGGAUCCCCACCUGUCUGCACUGCUGUGGAUGGGAGUCUUGGCGACACUGGUCAUCGUUAUCAUCAUGCCCCAACCGCUGGGCAUCCGCGCCCUGGUCAUUGUCACCAUCCUCCGUCUCAUCUUCUCUGUUGGCCUGGAGCCUACCCUCUUCCUUCUGGGUGCCUUCAAUGUCUGUAAUAAAAUCAUCUUCCUGAUAAGUUUUGUGGGGAACCGAGGAACCUUCACAAGAGGCUACAAAGCCAUGGUGAUGGACUUUGAGUUCCUUUACCACCUCCUCUACCUCAUCAUCUGCUCUCUGGGGGUGUUUGUCCACGUCUUCUUCUACAGUCUGUUGCUGUUCGACCUGGUGUACAGAGAAGAAACCUUGCUGAACGUAAUCAAGAGUGUGACACGUAACGGACGCUCCAUCGUGCUCACGGCGGUGCUGGCUCUCAUCUUAGUCUACCUGUUCUCCAUCGUUGGCUACAUCUUCUUCAAGGACGACUUCAUCCUGGAGGUGGAUCGGAUUCCCAACACAACCAUGAAAAAUGGAGCCAGUCUGGCCAGUGAGUUUCUGUCUGAAGGAAUGUGUCGAGGAGGGAUUGAUGAGAACUGUACCACAGGGACCCCACAGGAAGAUUUUGCCAAUGACGGUGAGGAGGACAGCGACAUGGAGCGGACGUGUGACUCUUUACUUAUGUGUAUUGUCACUGUGCUAAGUCACGGCCUGAGGAGUGGAGGGGGUGUUGGGGAUGUUCUCCGCAAACCCUCCAAAGAGGAGCCGCUGUUUGCAGCCAGAGUUAUAUACGACUUGCUGUUCUUCUUCAUGGUCAUCAUCAUUGUCCUCAACCUCAUCUUUGGUGUUAUCAUCGACACCUUCGCCGACCUAAGGAGUGAAAAACAGAAGAAAGAAGAAGUGCUGAAGACAACCUGCUUCAUAUGUGGCCUGGAGCGGGACAAAUUUGACAACAAGACGGUAACUUUUGAGGAGCACAUCAAAGAGGAGCACAACAUGUGGCACUACCUGUUCUUUAUUGUGCUGGUAAAAGUCAAAGAUUCCACCGAGUACACAGGCCCCGAGAGCUACGUGGCUGAGAUGAUCAAGGAGCACAACCUGGACUGGUUUCCACGGAUGCGUGCCAUGUCACUGGUGAGCAGCGAUGCAGAGGGUGAGCAGAAUGAAAUCAGGAACCUGCAGGAGAAGCUGGAGUCGACCAUGAGGCUGGUGGCCAACCUGUCUGGACAGCUGACUGAGCUCAAGGAGCAGAUGACAGAGCAGAGGAAGCAGAAGCAACGAAUCGGUCUCCUAGGGCAUCCCCCUCACAUGAACAUCAAUCCCCAGCAGCCUGCCUGAGGGUUCCUGGGGCCCGUUUCACUAGUGCCUGCACUCCUGACAGUGUACCACACGUUAGACAAGGAGAAUGUCAAAACGUGUCCUCCUCCAGUAUGUAUUUAGGUCGAUAUCUGACUGUAUACUUCGGCAGACACUCCUACAAUAAGUGUUUCUACGACAUAACGUGUCUGUGAAGUGAAAGUUAUCUGAGUAUGUUACUCAUGGUCUCGAGUGCGGAUGUGUCUGUGUGGGUGCAGUGUGCACCAAGUGCCCCGGGACCUGAGAAGCCAGUCCUGUAAGGCUUAGGAGAUGAAAACACUGACUUCAGCUUUACUACCCUGAAUGCCUUCUGCAUUGUACCACACUGUCAGCAUGCCAAAGUUCAGCCAUUGUUCCUGAGUGAGUACUCCUCUCAAGUGGCCUUGUAUUGAGGUUUAAAUCCUCAGUGUUGCACCAGCAAACUCAGGUCACAUGUGGAUUUGAAGUUUUGUUUGAACUCUACAACAUAUUAUUUAAUAUUUUUUGCUUUUUGUCUGACAGCAAUAGGAAUAGAUUAUAAUAUGCAAUGUCUAAAUAAGAGUGAACUAUUUUUGGGAACUGGUGUUUGCUUUUAUAUUUGAAAUUUAUAAAAUCAUAUAUUUAAAAUAGGAGACAAACAACUCUAAAACAGUCCUGAAGACUUCACCAUAUUUUCUGCUGCUUCAAAAAUGCUGAUAGGAAUCCCAUACAGAGUAUGUUUGUUAUUUUUUUAUCACAAGGGCAAGAAUUUAUUGCCACUUUCAUAAUCCUUUAUAAUCUCACAUGAAGGUUGUACUUGUUCCAGGACACUUUAGAUUUAAAAAAAAGAAGCCUUUUGAGGGCACAUUGAAGCUUGUUGUCAAGAGAAAGAAUAUAAUGCUUUGUAUGAACCUCCUGGAGAGAAGGAACGAAUCAUGUGACUGCUUCACUCCAAAGCCACUUCCUUGUUGUGCUUAAUUAUUGGAAUUAUAUGGCAUCACAUUAGAAUUUUUAAAGGAUUUUGGAAGCAACAGUAAAUUAGAUUUAUUUUA